CACCAGCCAUGGGGAUGGGAGGUAUGAAGACCCUUCACAAAAAGGCAGCUGCGGGGCAGCAAACCAGGGAAACUGUUGAUCAUCACAUUGGAUCUGCAAAUAUGAGGAAGAAAAAGACCUGUCAAAAGAAACAGAGGGGCAGACCUUCAUCCCAGCCUCGAAGAAACAUAGUGGGCUGCAGAAUUUCACAUGGAUGGAAGGAAGGUGAUGAGCCCAUCACCCAGUGGAAAGGAACCGUUCUGGAUCAGGUGCCUAUCAAUCCCUCUCUUUAUCUGGUCAAAUAUGAUGGAAUUGACUGUGUCUAUGGACUGGAACUUCACAGAGAUGAAAGGAUUUUAAAGCUUAAAAUCCUUCCUGAUAAGGUGCCAUUUUCUCGAGUCAAAGAUGCGCACCUUGCAAAUACCAUAAUUGGUAAAGCUGUGGAACAUAUGUUUGAGGGUGAGCAUGGUUCUAAGGAUGAAUGGAGGGGAAUGGUCUUAGCCCAAGCACCUAUCAUGAAAGCCUGGUUUUAUAUUACCUAUGAGAAGGAUCCUGUUUUAUACAUGUACCAACUUCUAGAUGAUUACAGAGAAGGAGACCUCCGUAUCAUGCCAGAGUCCAGUGAGUCUCCUCCAGCAGAGAGGGAGCCAGAAGGAGUUAUAGAUGGCCUCAUAGGUAAACAUGUGGAAUAUACCAAAGAAGAUGGCUCCAAAAGGACAGGCAAGGUCAUUCACCAAGUCAAAGCCAAACCCUCUGUGUAUUUCAUCAAGUUUGAUGAUGAUUUCCAUAUCUAUGUCUAUGAUUUGGUGAAAAAGUCCUAACUGUUAGGGUAAACUUUGCCACAUUUGUGGAGGCAAAAAUAUGUUUUGGAUACACACAAAAAUGUUACUUUUCAGUGCAUUUAAACUUAAGGAUCCUUUUUAACCCAAAAUCUUAACCAGCAUAACUGUUAUUUGUUAUGAAAAAUACAAUUGUAUAUGGACAUGACAUACUGUGUAAGGAAUUUGUCUUGUUGAAAAGAAUGGGUGUGUUUGGUGGCUGGAGCAUGAAAGGAAGGGACAGCUGUAAAUGCAGGCUAUGGAUAAACUUAGGCUACUAUCAUAAUUAGUCAUCUAAAAAAGGAAUAGGAAUU